GGCACACAUGGCUACAAUGGCCACCUGGGGCCCAUGACAAUCUUCUGGAUAUUUGAAACUCAGUCCGUCAGCCCCUACGAUGCAUUCGGGCUCCCAUGGGGAAUUGGAAGGAACUGGGUGUGGUCCCCGACUCGGACGACGAGGGUUUCGACUCUGAGGACUCUCUCCCUCCACCCGUACGACAGCGGCCACCGAGGCCAACGACGACGGAGGAACGGCGCGACAUCUGGGAAUUCCCAAGCUCGUCCGAAGCCCUCAGCUCUCAAAGGGACAUCACGCCUACAUCGAAAAAGCGCGGCAAAUCUCACGGACUCGAUUCAACUUCCUCGGCAUCUCCUGGAACAGAUAUUCAACACACACUCGAUCGCCAGGUGCAAGAUGCACCCAACAGCAGCCCUUCGACUCAGGGCAAUGUGGCUCUUCAAGCAAAAAGUGGCAAAGGCUCUCAAGACGCCCUUGAAGGCAAAUCUGAUGUUCGCAAUGCAUCCGCAACCAUCCCAUCCGAGCAAGACGAGAUAUCACCUAGCGUCGUCCAGAUAUUUGCGCCUUCCGCCAACCCCUUCCCUGGCAGCUCCCUCGGAACCGACCUGGAGCCCCAAUUCUCGGGCGUAUUCAAGGACGUCGAGCACAGUGUUCAGCCAUCGAACCAGCCCGGGAACCCGAACAGUCGGCGAGAUGCGCCUUUAGAGCUUUCGCCGCGAGCUGGUCGAUCGCUGAGACCCCGCAAGCCGAUCCAGGAACAUCCAUAUCUCCUCGAAAAUGCUCAAUACAGCCGUUUCAUGAAAUCCCAUGGUGUGAAGCCCAUCCACUUUGCCCUGCAGGAUCAGAACCCCAACAAAAGCCAUGAUGAGAAUGUGUCGCAAGAGCAGGAUUACGCAGGCGGUGAGAGCCAGCCAACGUCGGGCACGCCGGGAGAAGAAUCGCAACAUCUUCGAAAGGACGUUUUUAAAUAUGCACCAGAUGACGAUCUGGAUGAGUUGGCCUUAUCCCCAUCGCCAAGAACCUCAUCGCCUCGUCAUAGACCACAGGCGAGCAGCGAGCGCAGUCGCAGUCGCAGUCAACAAACGGACGACACAAGCAUCAAUGGGGAGGAGUUUCCAGACAUCAAAUACCUUGCUCUAAAACCGGCGAGAAUGCCAGCCAAGUUGACAAAGCGGCCAACACCUUCCAGGUCUUCCACUUCGAGGAAGCGACUGAAAAGCAGACAGGAGAUUCUCGAGUCAGCACCGGCCGCGAACAACUUGAACGACGAUUGGGACAUUCCACCUUCGCCUGGUCCUUUACGGGCUGACCCAGCUCUGGCUGAUUCCCCAUCUCCUGAUUCCUCUCCGCGGUCUUUCUCAAAUGCUAUGGGUGACAGCUUCCAAUCCACAGCUAUUGAUCGGCUUAGUAGUGGUGCGGCGCUCGCAAAUCGCUCCGAGGUAGUCGACCUUACUACUGCUUUGGAGAGCGGUCAAGACGAAGAUGCUUCGGAAUUGGAAGACAGCAGUUCAAGCAGCGAUUCAGAUGCUAUUCAAAGGACUGGAAGGAAGAUUAAAGGCGUGCUGCCUGCUUCUUGGCUCAGGUUGGACCAGCAAACCAGCAAGACCGUUCGGAAAGGCGUUCUCAGGAAGCCCCCCCCUUCACGCUUUCCAGAUGGGCAGCAGCGUGGAGUGGCCACAGUGAGGAGCGCAAAAUCCAUGGCGGAGGUUGGCCUCUCAGGUCAUGACCAUGAAAACAAGUUCAGCUUUCUUGGCAACGAAGUGGAAGGUGUCGAGGAUAGUCUGUCAGUAAUCGAGGAAGACCACAUCGACUGGAUGCUACCAGGAGGGAAACGUAAUCGCACAUCGAGAGUCAUUCCGAACAAGAGAAGGAACAAUGCGCAGCAAAGGUUGUUCAAAGGAGAACAGCGCUAUCGACAACCAAAAAUUUCAGAUACUUUGGGUCGUGCAAAUCGCUCAUCAAAUGGUACCGUGAGGACCCGGAAGCCGCGAAUCAACUCCAAACGGACCGCCCAAAGGACUCGAGCUGUGUCGCCGCCGGCGCUUGGUAUUGCAGAUGUUAUCGAGCCCGAUGCACCGAGGUUUAUCAGAAUUGCUGCCCGAGCUGCGAGUAGGCGUCAAGAUCUGGGCAGGUCAAAACCUAAUGCCAAGGCCAUCAAUCUCGGAACCCGCAGGGACAACGUUGAUGCUCAUUCAAUCCUUCGAGACUGGGCCAUGGGUAAGAUCAAGCGGAAAGCAAUACAGCGGCGACCGCCCUCGGGCCUCCGGCCGACUGGCCAAGAUCUGCGAAAGCCAAGAUGGCCUGUUGGGAAGCUCUUCCCGAACGUCACAACAUACACUAGACCUCGUGCCGGCCCAUCAGACAGAAACCCAUCAAACUCUACAAGGCAUUUGAGCCUGAACGAGCACGUGGUCAUCGAUAAAGCGUUCAUAGCAGGACCUCGCCCGAUGUGUGACCCCAUCAGAGGAGCAGCGCCCGCUAGGGCACAAUCGCACAAUCCGGGCGCCGACUACCUCAUCAGACCAGCGCAGCUUGAGGAUGACGUAUUACAUGGGGCGGAAAACGCAGCCUUCGCUGCGAGGAAGAAGAUGUUAGAUCUUGUGUUUCACAAAACUAGAAAGGAGAUACUAGCACCAACGUUUCGCCUUCAGGAAUGCGCGUUGGACUCUCCACAGACCAAGGAGAGCCCUGAAGAAACAGAUGGUCCCAAGCACGGCAUCCUCGGCCACGCCCAACUCAAAGGCCGGCAACGUGCGGUUACGAAACCUCGUUUUCGUAAGCAAUUUAUGCCACGGCGUCUUGACCUGGAUGCUCCCCAAUUCCGACACGCGAAUGAUCCACUUCUGGAAUACAACGCGUUCGAGCGUGGGGAUCGUCUUGAAGAGCCUCGUCAAGAACAGGAUAGGAUAGUGGGACUGGGACCCUACGGGACGCAGUAUACGCACCAUUUCGAUAUUUUCCCCCUACAGCGGCAUGUAUUCUUCCACCACAGCACGCUUAUUGGAAAUGGCGACUUGAAGAAGGCUCUGGACUGCGAAUUUCUCAGUCACAUUACCCGACCUCGAGCGGGAACUUCUUUCAAGAUCGCGCAUCACUCGUUUCACUGGGGACUCUGGACUGACACGACCUCCUCCGAGCUCGGACUUCUUUUUGAAAUGCUCUCAGAACAGCUGUCAACAAUCGGUGUGAUCGACGCUGAGCAGACCCGUUGUAAUGCCAUCAACUGUGCUGACCACGUCCUCGGAUAUGUACUGCACUCAUUGUGGGUUGAAGAUGAAUCCAACCUCAAACCAUGUGCUCAAAGGCUUUUCGGACUGCUUCUUGGCUUUUCGACUCUCACCGAAUCAAAUGUAUCCGAUCGCAAAUCUGGCACAUUUGUUGAGACCACUACGAGGCUUCUCAUCUGCUCGCUGGUACUCCUGCGAAUCUGCCAGGGUACCCCGGAGCUCUCGAGCAUUUCUGUACCUGUCGAGGAAUUGAUGAAAUCUCUCUCAAAGGCGGUCAUACAGGGGCUUCUGAAGAUCGGCACCUCGGGUAUUCGAGCGACAUACGAUGACCUGCAGCGCCUAACUACCAGGGAGCGAGGGAUAAGAGGCGACAAUUUCACCAUGACCUGUUGGGUGGUCGUGAUCAAAGUAUUGGACGCAGCUCACAUUCCAAGGGCUGGCUUCUGGGACCUGACGUAUUCCCUCGUGGGCACACCUGACCUUCUGCAAAGCUCCAAAGUUCAAGAUUUCGAGAGCGUGUGGGAAACCAUUUUCACUCUGGUACCGCUUCAAGAUUUUGAUGACAAUGGCAUAAGUGCUAGAGACUUGCGGCACACCGACCUUGUCCAAGGAUCUCAAAGAUGGGGCUUGCCACAAAAACUACUCAAACGGGUCUUCGAGUCCUGUAGAAACAACCCGAAACAGUCACCCGGCUUCAAUGACUACUGCCGUGCUCUGCUCGGCCGCUGCCAUAGCCUUAUCGAUCAAUGGGGCUGGUAUAAGUGCAGUGGAAUCGUCGGCACUAUAUUUGACUUCUUCGGUCAACAAAAUCUCUCAAAUUUGAGGCAUGAGGAAGUUUCAAAGUCGCCGCGAUUCCUAGAGCAACUCAGUACCACAACAGAGCUGUCCGUUGAAGCCGAUGACCGGUGCUUUCAUAUUUUCCUCAAAAUCUUGGCCUUGUCGAUUCAGAUCAUGAGAAAGCAUGGCCUUAGCAACGACAUUCGAAAUCUCAUCGCCCGUACUCUACCCAAUCAUGAUCGUCAGUACUCGAAAGAGCAGGCCAUUCACGCUCAUGACCUUGCUGCCCUGAGAAAUCACCACGACCUGCUGUGUACCCUUUUCUGGGCCGCUCCUGCUGAGGAACGACCUGCCAUCCACUUAAUAGAGAAACUGAUAUCUCCUGGAAGCUCUCACAAAGAAGCGGUUCUCCUUCAUCUCCAGGCUUGGAGACAGCUUGCGGCAUUCGUCGUGUCUUCCGGAGCUACACAUGACGUUUACCGCCCUCUUAUGUUAUGGCAAAACCGUGUCUUCCAACAGGUUCUUGACCAGUAUCACUCAGCGGCGAGCGAAAUACAAAGACAGUUCAUGUCCAUGCCCUCAGAGACCAGGAAAGAUAUUGGUCAGCACAUGGUUGACAACGUUGUGUCUGCAAAUCAGACUGCAGCGAAAGAUGUCUUACGCUUCAGUGUGGCGGCGUCCUUGUCAGUAAUGAGGAGCUGCCCAUCACUGGCUUCUGUGAUGUUCUCUUUCAACACAAGCCAGUUGAGCAAAGCGCUGACCAAUAUCGGCACUGAUGGCGAGAACUUGGAGUGUGAUAUCCUGGGCGACUGUUUCGAAACAGUCGAGCUCUUUUUGGAGCGCUUGGAGAGCUUUGGCAGCGCUCUCAAGGAGGAAUCAGAUGACUCGUUCUCAUCAAGCGACAACCGCGAGUACACCGAUGCUGUAGAGCUCUUCGAUGAGAAGGUUGUUCAAGGGUUCUUUAUCGCCGUUCGUCAGGUACUCUCCUCGCCUGCAUCCGUUGUGGGCUCGUAUCGCAACUCACUCACGAGCAUCCGAGAAAAAGCCGUCAUCCUCUCGGGAAGAAUUGCGAGUGUUUUCAUCAAUGGCGGGAAAAGAUCUCUCAAACACUUCUUCUCCAUCGGGAAAUAUGGCUUGUUUGAGAAUGUUCCUCAGAAUCUCAGCUUGGACAAGAGAACAUACCUGCCUCUUUUUGUGGCCAUCUUGCUGAAGAAUCACAUCUUCGAUUUCUCCAGCGUAGGAUGCAGCCACUUCGACAUCUGGGUGCUGUCCCUUGUCAAACCUUUCCACGCGCUCAAGUAUGAAAUGCACCUUGCCGAGACACUUAAGACGCUGGAACUGGGUUACAUGAAGGGCUCUUUUGUCAUCGAUGGAGUGUGUCCCAACUACCGUACGAGUCGCGACUUCUUUGCCUGCGCGGUGUCCUACAUGAGAAAGGAGUUGCGGCAAAGCGAUUCCGCGCGGCGGAUGCCUUUGCGUGCCAAGUACGAGAAACUCCUGAAACUGGUCAUGCAGCAGAUGAAGUCAGACAUCAAAUCCGUGGGCAUGAGUUCUGCUCAGCAUAAGGAUUACACAAGCUUUAUCCGUGAGAUAGUAGCACUCAUCCAGUCCCAUGGAACGGGAAUCAGCACAGUCGAUUCGUUUUACCUCCAGGCCAGUGCAGAGUUUAGUCCUGCCACAGAGGACCCUAAGCUCCACUCGGCGGUCAUCGUCGGGUAUGGGCUCAGGCUAGGAGAAGGUGACACCACAGCGGGACCGCAGUUGUUCUCCUUCUUGUGUACCCACUUCAAGCGGUUCAUGGCAGAUGGCCAGCUCGACGCUGAGAGCAAGAUCAUCGAGAACGGCAUGGCCAACGACAACAUACUGGGAUUUGUGCUUGGGCGCAUGCUACCCGCCGUCAUCCAGGCGUCGUUCAGAAACCCUCAGGUCUGGCCGCUUGUGACCGUCUAUUCUCAAGCCCUGAAGAACCUCUUUGGUAGGUCGCACUUGCCUAGGGAGAUUCCUGACAAGUUUACCGACCACUCCAUCUCCCUGCUGGAAACUAUCUCGGGCUACCUGUUGUUUGCCAAAGGAGAGAGCACGCCCGCGAAAGUGUCAAAUCCAACACAAAUAAAACUGUUUGCGCAAAUGAUGGAAAUCUGCCAUGCACUGCGCCCAAGUCUGAUGUGCUGGUUGCUGCGACCAUCGCUGGCCCAGGUCAAGAGACUGCGGGGUUGCAUACAUCAGAUCACUCUCAUCAGCAGGCAAGCAGCCGCUUGCCUCGAUGAGAUACGUGACUCGCAAGACCCAGAGGUGCCACUGCGACAGUUCAGCGUCGGACAGCUGCUUGCUGGCCUUGCCGACACCGACAUGAGCCCUUGCAUGCUGUCCAGUGCUGACAGUCAAGUGUCCAAGUUUGCCCAACAGCUACAGCACGACUUGCAAGAUUGCUGGGCCGUGACAGAGUUUGACCACUCUGCAGAGGUGGCCCAGACGUCACCGACGCAGCUAGGGACGCAGCUGGCGUCGGUGGUCAGCAAUGGCAUGGAAAGCAGGGCUGAUGAACCACUAUCAGGGUUGCAUGAUGAGCUUAAGAAAUGGAUUCAAGUGAUGGGCACAGAUGAAGGAGACGGGCGUGGUCGUCUGGCUAGGAGAGCAGGUCGACCGGGCCGGGCCAGGAUGCGGCAGAGUGGGCGGUCCUGGCGGUGCUUGCCGUACAUGUAAUGGGCGCCUGGGCGCUGGACAGACGUGCGUGCAAGCCACUUAGUAUAGAGAGGCAAAAGAGACGGGCUGAUCGAGAGAAUGAACAAAGUCGGCCUCCCAAAGCAUUAUCACUCCGAGAAGCGUUGUCACGGGAUUAGGCCGUCGUUGGGGGCGUGUGCAUACUGAGUUGAGGUGCGAAAUGUGAGAGGGUCUCAUACGAACUCUGCUAAUCGAUCCCACGUGUCCUCGCCCACUGCUCGGAAUUCGACGCCCUCAAAAUAGCCUGCGUCUUGCCAGGCCUUCAUCGUCGGGCCGUCGUAGGGCCCUUGCACCGAGUUGCCGUCCCGACCAUCGGUCCACCGAUACUCCCACAUCUUGGCUGCACCGCCGACGCGGUCGCCCUCGCCGCCGGUGGUCGCCUCGGCGGCAGGCGUGGGCUCCCUCCACCGCUCGCCCGCCUCGUCCUGCCACUCCCUCACGAGGAGCUCCCUCUCCGUCUCGUACACCUCUGCGUACUCGCGGGCAAGCAGCUUGUCCGCCGCCUCCGUAAUGACGUUUAUGCCCUCCUUGAUCCGGGCUUGCGCCGGGUCUUCGGGAUCCUUGCUGUGGUCCACCUCCAUGGCGUCUGCCUCGGCCGCGUCCUUUUUCUCCUUGUCCCUGAGUUUCUUCAGCUUCCACUUUGGCACCUUCUUUGGCUCGCUCUUCCGCGCUCGGCCCAGCCGCGCCAACGCCUCGAUCGGCGUCUCGCCCCUCUCGAGAUGUAGGAUCAGCGAGCGGAGAAGAUCCUGGGUGAGAAGGCUGUCGUCCUCUCUCCUGGCAGCCCGCAGCUCGGCCUCACGCUUCUCGUGAGCCUCUCGCGCCCUCUUCAUCUCUUUCUUGGACACUCCCUCCAGCCAGCGGUCGUGCACGGCGUCCGGGUCGACAGCUUUGCGGAUGAAGUUCCCGGCCUCGUCGAAGGCGCCCUCCUCUUGCUCGUUCUUCAUGUUGAAGGCAUCAAUCUUGGGGGCGUUGCGCUUCAGGCCGCCCAUUCCAAUCUCCUCGUCGACGCCUUCCUCCUGGAUGGCCAGCUCGACAUCCUCCUCGUCGUCGCUGCUGGCAUUGUGUUCAUCGAGGUGGAUGUGUCCGCCGCUCUUGCUCGUGCUCUCCUGGCCUUCGAUCUUGUGCGCGUCCAGGAAGCGGACCUCUUUGCCCUUCUUGCCCCUCGAUUUAGUACGCGGUGCGGCUUGCUCAUUGGUGUCUUGCUGGUCCGCGCCGUUGUCGCCGUCGCCGUCCUCGUCAGCGGCGAACAUGUCCUCGUCGUCGUCGUCAUCGUCGUCUCGUUGCCCGCCGCCGCCGCCGUUGCGCAGAUCCCUGUCGUAAUUGUCGAGCUUGUCCGCGAUGUCGACGUGGCCGCUGCCACUUGCGGCCGUGGCGCCCCUGCGCUCGGCGCGGUCGUCAAAUGUUUCGUUCUCCGAGUCGCUGUCGUAGCCGUCGAUGUUGACUGCGCCGCGCUUGGUGGCGCCGGGCCCCUUGCCAAUGACGUCGGCUUCGAGGACGGCGGCAUCCUCAGCAUCGGCGUCGUCGUCGUCACGAGAGUCGGGGGCGAGGGCGGAGGGGUUGCGCACGUCAAACUUGACCCGCUUGGAAGACGAAGGCCCUUGGCGGUGGUCGGCCGGGCUGCCGGGGCGCUGCCCCCCGUGGUGGGCGCGCGCAAAGGACUCGCCUGCGCGUUUGGGGCGGGCGGCUGCGUAUCUGGAGGACAUGGUGGCUCAAGUGAAGGAGAGGCUGCCACGGCUUCGAGCCUUGCUUUGCCGUCAGGUUGGACAGUCGGGGUUGCCUGGGGCGGUUUGCACCUCCCGCCCAGGUGGAUUGGACCUGGGCCCCCGGCCGGUUGGGCGAGUCUAGUAGGUACCUAGGUACCUACCUAGGUAGGUAGAUACGUCACACAGCUACUACUGCGGUACGCACUCGCGGCAGAGCAUCUCACAAUUUUG